AGGAUAAAUUAAGAGUUCUAAAAGAUGUCUCCAAGGCGCCUAUUCACAGGAACAAAUCCAAAUUUGGAGCAAAUGACUUCUGAUAACUUAUACCAUUUAGCGGUAAAUAUACCAGAUACCAAGAACACAGCUGAGAUUAGAAAACAAUACGGACACAUUAAGGUUAUUUGUUUAGGUGGAAAGGAUGUGCGCAUGCUUGAAUUGGCUAAAUAUUUAAAUGAAAAGGUUUACGAUGGAAAUUCGGGAAGUGACUAUCAAAAGAAUUUAUUUGAGGCGGGCCAUAGAUAUGCUGGCUUUAUGGUUGGCUGCGUGUUGUGUGUUAGCCAUGGCGUUGGCAGUUCCACCAUGAGCGUUGUAUUGCAUGAAUUAAUUAAAUUGGUGCGUUAUGCUGAAUGCGUUGACCCUGUUUUUAUACGAAUUGGCACUAGUGGCGGAUUGGGAGUUAAGCCCGGCACUGUAGUCGUUUCCAAUCGAGGCUAUAACGGGUUGUUACGCAGUGAAUACGAAAUUGCUAUCUUGGGUGAACGCGUUGCGAGACCAGCUUAUUUUGACGAGAGAUUGCGUAAUGACUUGCUCACUUGCGUCGAAGCAGCAGAUGCCACAGCAGAAAGUAGUUGGAAUAUUAUCGAGGGAAAUACGAUGGGAACAGACUGCUUCUAUGAAGGACAAGGUCGCCUCGAUGGUGCUUCCUGCACUAACGCCAAUAAUGAGCCUUACACAGUAGCGGAUAAAUUAAAUUUUCUGCGGCGCUGCCAUGAUGAAUGUGGCAUAAAGAACAUAGAAAUGGAGGCACCCCUGUUUGCUUCGUUGACACUGCAUUGUGGUAUCCGGGCUGCAGAUGUAUGCGUUACGCUUUUAAAUCGGUUGGAAGGAGAUCAGAUCAGAGCAACAAAAGCGCAAUUAAAAGACUAUGAAGAGCGUCCCUUUAUCCUUCUGUCGCAUUUUCUCAAGCGAUGUAUAGUAAAAUCGACACCAAAAUAGAACGUGCUUUUAUUAAAAAAAAAAAAUAACACUUAAGUAACUGUAUUUAUAAAGAAAGAUUUGUGGCCUUGUUUUCAAG